CAUCUGUGAAAUUCAUUAAUUGUGAUAAAUAAGUAGACGUAAACAUUGGCUGAUAACAGUUGAUUAAUUUCGCAAAUUAACAUGGGUAAUUGAUAGUAAAUUCAUGUCUAGAAUCCGCCGAAUUUGAUGUGGACUGCGGAAAUUCAAGAUGGUAAUAUAACGUUGAGCUCAACGACCACAGGUACAUCUAGCACGAGCAAAAGACCUUUAGAAUUAUCCAUUAACGAUACCAGGGACGUACUCGUAAAUCCCACCGUACACACAUCUACCUCACAAUGCUCCGGUGACAAACGUCUAAAAACCAUCAUCCCUUGCGAACAACACGAACAAAAACAACACACCAGGACAGAUCACCAUAUUAGUAUGAAAGAAGUUAUACGUAAAUGGCAACUUGAUAAUUUGGCGAAAUGUGUUUUCGACAACACCCUCAACAUGGUGUUGGACCGUCUCCCCGAAGAAGCUACCACUGUCAGGCAAGAAACGCUUAAUAUGGCCAAUAAUUACAAUAUCGAAGACGAAGCUGUCCUGAUGGCUAUCGAAGAGCACGGAUUACAUCAACAGACACAAUCCGAUGAUUCUCCAUUGUCAUCCUCUUCCACAGAAGACUCUUCUUGUUGUUCAAGUUCGGCUGACUUUUACCAGCGUACAAAUUCAACUACCAUUGAUGCCUAUUCCCAUGGUCCAGAUAAUCAGGAAUUUAAUUUCGAAAAUAAUUUCCUAGUUACCGCUGUAUCAGCGGCCAUCGAAGAGAAAGGUCUUACCAUGUACAUAUAAUGUUUGAAAAUUUUGUAUGUCGUACAGUAUUUGUCUAUUCAGGUAGAUUCCAGGUAUGCCACCGAUUCUCAAACGUGCUAUAGCUUUAAAAUGUAAAAUAUAUCGAGUGUUCUCUUUUUAUUCCUAUUGAAUAAUUAUGCUUUUUAGUUGUGUAUUGAUUGGAAAAUCCUCCUUGUAAGAAUCGUCCAGCCUUACGUGAUUUUCAUUUUGUUAUUAGCGUGCUAUUUUUUUUCUUUUUCAGUUAUAGUUUUAAUAUUUUUAUAAUAAAUAUUUAAAAUGUAUAAUAAAUAUUGAUAAAUAAUGUAAUCAACUAUCA